ACAAACACACAGAGAGACACAGAGAUAGAAGAAAGAAAGAGAAGAGAAACAACAAGUAACAAAGGGCAAUGGUGGUUGGGCAAGUUCCUCUUCCUUCUUCAAAGUUGGUCCUUAAACUCAAAUCCAAUGGUCUCAGAGGUGGCUAUGGGCAUGGCUAUUCUCUCACACUCACACCCAGUCCCACACACAUACUCUCUUCCUCUUCCUCUUCCUCUUUCUCUUUAAGCGCCUCCGCCAAUGAACACACAACAACGUCCAAUAACGGUGGCAAUCUUCACUCUACUCUUGAUAAUGAUUCUUCAUCAAACUCUCCCUCAAAACUAUCAUCGAAUUUUGGAAGAUUAAAAGCUCAGCGAGUGAAAGCUCUUAUCCACCGAGCCAAGGAGCAAAAACGCAGUGUUGAUGAUAACCUAGUUGUAAAACGUGCACCAUUUUCCAAACGUAUUGAUAUUGAAGAUGAAAACCCUGAUGUUACCAAUAAAGCGAGUUCAGGUUCAGGUUCAGGUGCAAGACGUUCUCCCUCUCAUUCAAGUGGAUGGGGGUAUAGUCCUCCUAAGCCUCAAACGCAGAAGAAGGAACAGAGAAAACAAUUGCCUGACAACAACUUUUUCAGUCUCAAGUCAUUCAAAGAUAUAGGCUACAGUGACUAUAUCAUCCAAUCCCUUAAAAAACAAUCUCUUACGCGCCCUUCCCAUGUACAGGCCAUGGCAUUUAAACCUGUUGUUGGCGGAAAGACUUGUGUCGUAGCUGAUCAAAGCGGUUCUGGAAAGACAUUAGCUUAUCUUGCACCAAUAGUUCAGCGUCUUAGACAAGAAGAACUAGAAGGACUUAGUAAAUCCUCUCCGCAAGCCCCUAGAGUGGUUAUAAUGGCACCGACAGCUGAGUUAGCUUCUCAGGUCUUAAAUAAUUGUCGAUCAUUGUCAAAAUCUGGGGUUCCAUUCAAAUCUAUGGUUGUCACAGGUGGAUUUAAGCAAAAAACUCAACUGGAAAAUUUACAGCAGGGUGUUGAUGUCUUAAUAGCUACACCUGGCCGUUUUUUGUUACUGAUAAAGGAAGGCUUCUUGCAGUUAACAAAUCUAAGAUGUGCCGUGUUGGAUGAGGUAGAUAUACUCUUUGGUGAUGAGGACUUCGAAGGGGCUCUUCAAUGCUUGAUUAAUUCUUCACCGGUCGACACACAAUAUUUAUUUGUGACUGCGACUUUACCAAAAAAUGUUUACAGCAAACUUGUUGAACUUUUUCCCGAUUGUGAAAUGAUCAUGGGACCUAGUAUGCACCGAAUAAGCUCUCGCCUUGAAGAGAUUAUAGUAGAUUGCAGUGGAGAAGAUGGACAAGAAAAAACUCCUGAUACCGCAUUUUUGAACAAAAAAGAUGCUCUUCUGCAGCUUAUGGAGGAAAGCCCUGUCCCGAGAACUAUUGUGUUCUGUAACAAAAUUGAAACAUGCAGAAAAGUUGAAAAUUCAUUAAAGCGUAUUGAUAAGAAAGGAACUCGCAUUCAAGUUCUACCUUUCCAUGCUGCAAUGACACAAGAAUCACGGCUUGCUAGUAUGGGAGAGUUCACACAUUCUCCGUCAAAAGAAGUCUCCCAGUUUAUGGUUUGCACCGACAGAGCAUCACGGGGAAUUGACUUCGCGAGAGUGGAUCAUGUGAUACUAUUUGACUUUCCACGUGAUCCAAGUGAAUAUGUACGUCGUGUUGGAAGAACAGCGAGAGGAGCUAGCGGAAAGGGGAAGGCAUAUAUAUUUGUAGUUGGGAAGCAAGUAUCACUUGCACGCAAAAUAAUGGAAAGAAAUCAGAAGGGUCAUCCACUACAUGAUGUACCUUCGGCUUAUGAGCUCAUGAGAUGAACUAUUAUGGUGAGUUUGAUUUUGAGUUUUGUGUGCUCUCAUUCUCAAACAAACAAUGGCAAGGAGCACUACAAGCUGCUUAUGCUUAAGAACCACCAAAUUGCACAUUCAUUCUCACUCGGCUUAUAGUUGCAUACACACAAUGUGGUUUGCAACACUUCCUUAUAGCAAAAGCAACAACUACAUUAACUACCUGUAUCUCUUAAGUAUGAAAUGAAAU